AUGCAGCGCACGGAGAAUCAGAGGCACAUCGGCAGGCCCGAAAGGGCGAUCAACGAUAUGAACACAAAUGCCUGGAGCUCAGCCAAUGAGGAAGCCGGCAGGCCGCUGCCGCCGCAGGGACCUUUUCUGGCACCGCCGUGGUGUAGCACACCCUGGAAGGCCCACGCAAAGGGUAAGAGGACGAGUUGCCUCGUUGGAUGCUAUCACAAGCGAUGUGGAGAAAACUGCCCGCGAUGUCACGACCCUCGCUGCAGAGUCUUGGCGAACGACAUACUGUUACAGGCGCAUGUUGUUGCUUCCAAUUAUACUGAGUGUCCACUGAUUGCAGGGCUCAGGAGGACGGAGCGCGCAUGCGAUGGCGCCCUUGUGGAGUAUUCGGACGUCUACACCAUGGCCAGCACGCCAAGUGACGACUGCAGGAAUCUGGUGUCACUGUGA